UUUCACGCAAUGACUGCGCUGAUAUUUUGUGAUUGCUGAGAAGCUGAGUUUGAGACAUCAAGAGCGAGGGAAAGUGGUUCAAAUAUAUUUUAACCUCGGACUGUCUAAAAUCUGUAAAGUGAUUAUGUUGAUAUUUUGCAAUUACUGAGAAACUAUUAAUCUGUGAGAGAUCAAAAGGGGGAAAUGGCUAGUAAUAGCCCCGAUAUAGAGGUUCUCGGGACCUUCUCUAUCGAUGAGAGGGGCAAUUACCAGAACGAUUCCAGUCAACGUCGCUUUCUCGUGGAAACCGUCAAUGACCAUCUACAAUUCGACCUGCGUGACGGGAUCGACGAUUACAUCGCUCAGAAUCAACGCAAAGUUAGGUACGCAUCCUUAUCGUCAGUUCAAGAUUGGAUCCAUGAUAACAUGCAAGAGUUGACUGAGAGGACGAUUCUAGAAACAGAACGAGGAGGAACUAGAAAACUUAACGUCGACUUCGUCGGGAGUGCAGACGUGUUCAGUCUUCUCCUUCGGGCAUGUGAAUGCAUCGAUCGUUUAGAGAUCCUUGUUAGACGCUGUAAUGGAACUUACUACAUCGAAUCAAGCCUUCGCAAAAGCCAACCAAGGAGGCAAGUAGCUCCUCUUGCAGCACCAGCACCCCGACCAGCCCCACCCCCAGCACCAGCACCAGCGCCCGCACCACAACAAUUUUUUCAUCGACCUCCAACAAUGUUCCCGAGUCACUUUAAUCAACGUCCUCGGUUCGGCGGAGGACGUCCCGUAGCUACAUCAAGAGCACCGCGGUCAGCGAGGGAAUCGAAUAGAACACGAACCUCGGGACAAUCUUAUAGCAGAAGAACGUCGACAGGGUCGAGGGCAACGACGCCAGCACGAAACGAGCUAAGUGAGAUGAAAUACGCUCGGAGGAAGUUCGCAACGAGUAUCACAAGCACUGAUGAGGGAGGAGUGCCUAACGCUGACGAACCGGUAAACGCUAAUGCAAAGUACGUAGUCGUGAUGAAGAGACAGUUUGGCGAUCACAGUUUUAUUCUCAGUACCGACGUUCAGGCAGAACGUAUAGACUCAAAUCAGACACCACCAGGAAACUAUGUAUGCAUCAGAGCUAGGAGGGCUCAUCUUGUUGGCAAACCUUUUACCAACUUCAAAAAAUACAAGACGUUGGAGUGGUGGUCUCAGGCCUACAUAGCAGGCAUCCCUGAGGUGUUAUGCGGUAUGAGAGAUGACAGGAGGCAUGAAAUCACCUCGGUGAAAACGUUUGAGGUCAAGCAGCUUCCAGAAAUGUCAGAUGGCUUCUGGAAGCCCAGGAUAUGCCGUAAGAAGUUUAAAGCCUAUCUCUCGGAUAUCAAGACUCUUAUCCAAGAUGAUAACCCAAGAGUCGUGUAUCGUCUAGAGUUACCUGAGUUGAGGCUGGGACCAGGCAUCAAAGACAGACUUCAGAAAAGAAAGUUCAUCUUUCAUCCACCAACAGAGGAAGACUCCGUCAUCCUCACUGAUCAAUAUCGCCUUGAUGUCUUGAACAUUCAAGAAAAUAAUUGAGAAGAGAUGUCAUUAGGGGAGAGGUUAUUAUUUGAUGUUGACUGGUGCACUCGUUCACUGUGAAAAGGUUGGGCAAUAUUUUUCGAACACUUUGCCCAACGUUGUGCCAAUGGUCAGCCCAACCAUCUAUUGGGCAACAUUUUGCCCAGUAGUAUUGGUAAACUUAAGUACCCUACUUCACACGUGCAUAAUUGUUUCGUAUAUGGACCGAAAUUUGGGCAAAGGAAUGACCCCUCAACUGCCCGACUACGGUAGCCCACUUGUUGGGAAAAUCUUGACCAGCUGUUGGGCGAAAUACGAAACAAUUACAAAAUAUUGCCCAAUAGAUGGUUGGGUUGACUAUUGGCACAACAUGUGGAAAAUAUUGCCCAACCUUUUCACAGUGAUAUACCUGUUCUACCCACGCGUAACAAAAAUGUAUACUUUGGCCUAGUCUAAUUUGAUUCUUCUAGGAUCGAUUUAUGCAAUUCUCUCCUUUUGGGCUUGGCUUAGAAAAAUAUUAGAAAACUGCAAAUAGUGCAGAACAGUGCUGCAAGACUUGUAGCACUUGCAAAGGGGCGAGAUGCCAUUACACUCAUGUUGUCACGCCUGUACUGGUUAAUCAUAAUAGAUAUAAUUAUUCUUAAAGUUAUAAUAUUGUGCCACAAAGUAAUCUCUCACAAAACCUUCUUAUCUCUUUUAUAUAAUAUGUACCUAUAGUAGAAAUCUACGUACCUCACGUAAAAUGUUACUUUCUGCUCCGACCACUUGUACUCAAACAUUAUGGCGAUCGCCUAUCUUGUGCUGCUGGCCGACUUUGGGAGGUCACGGGCAUUGAGGGUUUCGCGAGGGCCUUGAAAACUUAUUUGUUUUCAAGGACUUCAUGAGGCUGUUCUGCUUGUGUUUUUCUCUUGGUUUGUUGGGAGCUUGUUCCACAUAGUAGGUGCAUUCCUCACAAUAUUGGCUAUUUUCACACAUUUUUUUAAUUAUUGCUUUCAUUAUGUGAUUAUUACCUGGUUGAAUUGUAUAUAUUGUAACGACCCUGCGCGGCCAUGACGUAUCGAGAGGCCUGACGUGAACAUUAAUUUGUUUCUUAAAAUUACUUGAGGAUUUGGAUUCCUAAAAUUUUCGUCUUCUCUAAGACUUUAUUACAAUUCUAAUUUUCUUUGUAAUUCUGCUUGACAAUAGAACAGAUUACUGUUAAUCACUCCAUGUAUUGUACAUAAAUGUAAAUGAGGCAUCGACUGCUAUUUUCAAGCGCGUCAUUCAUAAAAGAGAAUACAGUGCAAAGUCGAUCUAUACCGUAUAAAUGAUUUGCAUACGAGCGCUUCACAUUUGAAUCCAUUAUUGAGAAUUAUUGACAUGCUUACAAAAUGAUGUUAAACUUUCAUUAUUUUUUAGUAUAUAUCGCAUGAAAUCGAAUGGAAAAAUUGUUUAUGCAAUGUAGUUUGUUAAUAUUUAGUGCAACUGAUAUUCCAUUCCGAGUGUUGUAUAUAUUUAAUCGUAAAAUCGGAGAUUUUCUUUAUUGUUCUGUUCUGAACUAUGUUUAGCAGCGGAUCUCUGCGGAUGAGCGCACGGAAUUCACAGUGACACAGCGGUGGCUGUCUUUGGUGAAUUUUGGAUGAGUCUAUGUCUCAAAAAUGCUUAAAUUUAUUUUUGGAUUGUGCUCUGUCCAUUUAUACAAAAGCCAAGGCUUUUGCAAUUUGAUGGUUUAAAUUUGGUUUUGAAGUUUAUUGAUGAGAAAUAACGACUAAAUCUAUUUCGGACUAAGCACGGUUAAUUUAU